AUGGCCACUAGAGAAGCUGUGCUAUACUCAGGAAUGGACGAAGCAACAGAGGAAGCGAAGGAUGACUUCUAUGAACACCUGCAGGCAGUUGUGGAGCAGGUGCCACGUAGGGAUGUGAAGAUUGUCAUGGGAGACUUAAACGCUAAGGUAAAUGAGUUGGUGAUUGGUGGAACACUGUUCCCUCACAAGGAGUGUCAUAAGCGGACAUGGAUGUCUCCUGAUGGUGGUACGGAGAAUCAGAUCGACCGUAUGGCUUUUAGCAAGAGAUGGAGGAGUUCGCUGCAGGAUGUUCGUGUCAAGCGUGGGGCAGAUGCUGGGUCAGACCACCACCUGCCGCUGGCAAAAGUCAGACUAAAGAUUGCCAAAGUAAAAAAGUGGGAAACUUACCGAGUGCGUCUUGAGGUCAGUAAGCGCAGAGAUCCAGAGAUAAGGGACAUGUUCAAGCGGAUGCUACAAAACAGAUUUGAGGCUCUGCAGCAGUUGAUUGAGGAGGAGGAACUCCCUGUGGAGGAAGAAUGGAGGCAGAUCGAGCAAGGCUACGUGGAGACCUGUGAGAAGAUGCUGGGUCGGGCGAAGACAAAUAAGAAAGAGUGGAUCAGUAAGGAGACCUGGGAGAUAAUUGAGCUAAGAACGAAGGCGAAAAAUACUUUGAACAUGGCCAGGACAAGAAAGCAGAGGAGGGAUGCGAGUAAAAGGUACCAGGAGCUGAAUAGGGAGGUGAAGAGAGGCUGUAGGAGAGACAAGAGGGUGUAUGUGGAGUCAGAGGCCGAGAGAGCUGAGGAAGCUGGAAAGAGGGGUAAUAUGAAGACUUUGUAUGAGAUCACAAGAAGGCUGAGUGAGAGAUUUCAGGGUACGUGUAAGCCGGUGAGAAAUGAGGCAGGUGUGUUGCUCGGGACUGUGGAAAAAGAGAUGCACCGGUGGCGGGAGCACUUUGAAGGAGUGUUUAACCAUGAGGAGCCGCCCAACCAGUCAGAGGUAGAGCCAAGUGACGAACUAAACUUCAGGACUGGUCACAUUACACGUGCUGAGAUCAAGAACUCUAUAAAGAACUUAACGAACGGGAAGGCACCAGGAUGUGACAAUAGACCACCAGAGGCAAUUAAGGCUGGGGGCGAAGUGUCAGAAAAGGUUCCUUUGGAUUUCUGUAACCAGACAUGGAGUAAGAAGAAAGGUUUGUUGAACAAGCUACAAAAGAAAGACGAUCUGAGCCACUUUAAGAACUGGCGUGGCGUCAUGCUUUUGAACAUGGCAAUUAAAGUGUUCUGUAGAGUGAUCUUGCAGCGUAUCAAGACCGCACUGGAUGGAAAACUGCGAAGCUGUACGGACCAAAUAGCAACGCUAAGGAUUACUGUGGAACAAAGCACUGAGUGGCAGUCCUCUUUGUACAUCAACUUUAUAGAUUUCGAGAAGGUUUUCGAUAGCAUCGGAGAGAGGUGUUGUGGAGGUUGCUGCGCCACUACGGGAUGCCGGUCAAGAUAG